AUGGCCAGCCCCGUGGAGCCGCUCGCUCCCCGCCCUCAGGCCCCCCUGCCCGCGGCCGGGGACGAGCCCUGCUCCGGCCCCGGCAAACUCCGCCCGGAGCCCAGGCGCAGCGCGGCCGGCGGGGGGAGCACGGCGGGCCCGGGCCCGGCCCCCGAGCCGCUCGGCGGCGGCCGGGCCGAGCGCGCCGCGCCCCCGCGCCCGCCCCCUUCCCCUGCAGGCCGCGCCAGCCCCGCGGGGGGCCCCGGUGCUCUGUCUUCGAGCGGCGGCGGCGGCUGGAUCGCAGCCCGCGCUCCCUUCGCGCUCGCCUUCUCCUCCCCUGGCCGCUCCUCCACUCCAUCUUCCUUUUACUUCUGGCCGCCGCCCCCCCCGCCCCCUCCUUCUCUUCUCCCCUCCUCAUCUGCCUUUCACCUCCCCGUGCGUCUCCCAGGAAGGGAGGGCGCAUCGGCGGCGGCGACUCGAGGAGGCGGCGGCGAUGCUGGCGGCGGCGGCGGAGGAGGAGGACAAGAGACAGCUCCCUUGAACGUCCCCCCCAGCAGUAGUCACCGCGGCGGCGGUGGCAGCGGCGGCGGCGGGCGGCGGCGGCUCUUCCUCUCUCCUGCGCUCCAGGGCUUGCUGCUCCCAGCACGCGCCGGGCCCCGGCCGCCGCCGCCGCCGCCCCGGUUCCCGCUCGGCCCCUCCGUCGGCCGCGCGGGCUCCCACGGCUUCCCAGGCGCCGGCGGGGGCUGCCCCGGCCCCGGCCCCGGCCCCAGCCCAGGCGGCGGCGGCCGAACUCUGCGGCGGCCCCGAGGCGCCGGCGCCACCCUCUCUGCCGCGUUCCCGCUGCUCUUCGGCUCCGACAUGGAAGAUGGACCUUCUAAUAAUGCGAGCUGCUUCCGAAGGCUGACGGAGUGUUUCCUGAGCCCUAGUUUGACAGAUGAAAAAGUGAAGGCAUAUCUUUCUCUUCACCCCCAGGUAUUAGAUGAAUUUGUAUCUGAAAGUGUUAGUGCAGAGACCGUAGAAAAAUGGCUAAAGAGGAAAAACAACAAACCAGAAGAUGAAUCGGCUCCUAAGGAAGUCAGCAGGUAUCAAGAUACAAAUAUGCAGGGAGUCGUAUAUGAACUAAACAGCUAUAUAGAACAACGGUUGGACACAGGAGGAGACAACCAGCUACUCCUCUAUGAAUUGAGUAGCAUCAUUAAAAUUGCCACAAAAGCUGAUGGAUUUGCACUGUAUUUCCUUGGCGAGUGCAAUAAUAGCCUUUGUGUAUUUACCCCGCCUGGAAUCAAGGAGGGAAAACCCAGGCUCAUUCCUGCCGGGCCCAUCGCCCAGGGCACCACCACCUCUGCCUACGUGGCCAAGUCUAGGAAAACACUGCUGGUGGAAGACAUCCUUGGGGAUGAACGAUUUCCACGAGGUACCGGACUGGAAUCAGGGACUCGUAUCCAGUCUGUUCUUUGUUUGCCAAUUGUCACUGCGAUCGGUGAUUUGAUCGGUAUCCUUGAGCUGUACAGGCACUGGGGCAAAGAAGCCUUCUGCCUGAGUCAUCAGGAGGUCGCAACGGCAAAUCUUGCCUGGGCUUCAGUAGCAAUACAUCAGGUGCAGGUAUGCAGAGGUCUUGCCAAACAGACUGAGCUGAAUGACUUUCUACUCGACGUAUCGAAAACGUAUUUUGAUAACAUAGUUGCAAUAGAUUCCCUACUUGAACACAUAAUGAUAUAUGCCAAAAACCUGGUGAACGCCGAUCGCUGUGCGCUUUUCCAGGUGGACCAUAAGAACAAGGAGCUAUACUCAGACCUUUUCGACAUUGGGGAGGAAAAGGAAGGAAAGCCUAUCUUCAAGAAGACCAAAGAAAUAAGAUUUUCAAUUGAGAAGGGCAUUGCCGGUCAAGUGGCGAGAACGGGGGAAGUCCUCAACAUUCCGGACGCCUAUGCCGACCCGCGCUUCAACAGGGAGGUCGACCUGUACACGGGCUACACCACACGCAACAUCCUGUGUAUGCCCAUCGUGAGCCGCGGCAGCGUGAUCGGCGUGGUGCAGAUGGUGAACAAGAUCAGCGGCAGCGCCUUCUCCAAGACGGAUGAAAACAACUUCAAAAUGUUUGCUGUCUUCUGCGCUCUGGCCUUACACUGUGCCAAUAUGUAUCAUAGAAUCCGCCACUCCGAGUGCAUUUACCGGGUCACCAUGGAGAAGCUGUCCUACCACAGCAUUUGUACCGCGGAAGAGUGGCAAGGCCUCAUGCGCUUCAACCUUCCCGUCCGUCUUUGCAAGGAGAUUGAAUUGUUCCACUUCGACAUUGGUCCUUUUGAAAACAUGUGGCCUGGAAUUUUUGUCUAUAUGGUCCAUCGCUCCUGUGGGACGGCCUGCUUUGAGCUUGAAAAGCUGUGUCGUUUUAUCAUGUCUGUGAAGAAGAACUAUCGUCGGGUUCCUUACCACAACUGGAAGCACGCGGUCACGGUGGCACACUGCAUGUACGCCAUCCUCCAGAACAACCACGGGCUCUUCACCGACCUCGAGCGCAAAGGACUGCUAAUCGCGUGUCUGUGCCACGACCUGGACCACAGGGGCUUCAGCAACAGCUACCUGCAGAAAUUCGACCACCCCCUGGCCGCUCUCUACUCCACGUCCACCAUGGAGCAGCACCACUUCUCCCAGACCGUGUCCAUCCUUCAGUUGGAAGGGCACAACAUCUUCUCCACCCUGAGCUCCAGUGAAUACGAGCAGGUGCUCGAGAUCAUCCGCAAAGCCAUCAUUGCCACAGACCUCGCUUUAUACUUUGGAAACAGGAAACAGUUGGAAGAGAUGUACCAGACCGGAUCGCUAAACCUCAAUAACCAGUCACAUAGAGACCGUGUCAUUGGUUUGAUGAUGACUGCCUGUGAUCUCUGUUCCGUGACAAAACUGUGGCCAGUAACAAAACUGACGGCAAAUGAUAUAUAUGCGGAAUUCUGGGCCGAGGGUGAUGAGAUGAAGAAGCUGGGAAUACAGCCUAUUCCCAUGAUGGACAGAGACAAGAAGGACGAAGUCCCACAAGGCCAGCUCGGAUUCUACAACGCAGUAGCCAUCCCCUGCUACACCACCCUCACCCAGAUCUUCCCGCCCACAGAGCCUCUCCUGAAGGCCUGCAGGAAUAACCUGAGCCAGUGGGAGAAGGUGAUUCGUGGGGAGGAGAGCGCCGUGUGGAUCUCCAGCCCGCCCGCGGCCCAGGGCACCUCGGAGAAGCUGCCCGUGAAGAUUGAUGACUGAGGCCGCUGACGCGCUGCCCCGCCCGCCAAGAGAUGUUCAUCCUGCUUCUUUGACUUUUCUUCCUUUUAUUUUUGUGGGGGAACCUACACCUGGUAACUGGGAUGCAAACCUCUUCAAGAAGGUACCACCAAGUACGUUUGCCCUCAGAUGGCUCCCUGCCAGCCUCCUCUGGGACGCGUCAGAGACGGUGACCAGCCAGGACCACCCUGCAGCCAGAGAUCGGCUGUCCUGGUGACUCCACUGCCUUGUGAACCGGCCUUUCUAAUGGGCUGACAUUGCUGAGGCCUUAACAGAAACGGACACUUAUUCUGAAGGGGGUACUUUUCCACUGUGUCUGUCUUUCCAGUGAGGUGAAAAUGGUACCGUUAGGAUAUUGUACGUUGGCUUUAACCCCAGUGUUGCUUUGAGGUUGUUGGUUAUAAAUAGGAACUUUUACACAUUACCCCCGUGGAUGUUCGUGUGUGACCUACUUGUGAUGAGCGUGAAGCGUGCAGACAGCCGCAGACAAGUGUCAGGGUUAGAGCAAGAAGUGUCUUUGUGCAAAUCAGUGAUGGAAAUAGUUGGAUGCUCGUUUCGGAGCCGCAUGAAUGGAGGUUCGGUGGACUGAUGCGUACCCUUUAAGUUCCUGCUAAAGGGCGUAGACGAGUAAAUCGAACACUGAGGAAGCGGAUGUUCUGUCCCCUUGAGGAGCGCUGCAUAUAAACACCAUCGGCACCUCGGCGCUCCAAGGACCCGUUCGAAAAUGUCAGAGAAUACUUUGUUUUUUUUCCUUAUUGUAGUCUUGGCACAUUUCCUAAACCCUACGUAAAGAACAGAAGAGAAACAGAGCAUAGGAGCUUUUCUCAAGGGACAAGUUUUAGGGACGCAAAAAUGUGAAUUUUUAAUGAUGACUCCUUUCAUGUUUUCACUUGAUGUUACUGCAACAUUUUAGACACAUUCAAAAUGCAAGAUUUAGUCUACAAAUCACUUAAUUAGAAGGCCAUACAUUUCCCUUAAAAUCAAAUUAAAACCAUCAAAUUCAAGCCUGGAAUCUUGCCUUUGACCUGCCUGCCGCACGCCUCCCGUCUGUCCCACCCUCGCGCUGCUCCUCGCCUUUCGCAGCUUCCUGCCCUGGGCAGGGGAGCAGGACUUGACGGGACCCGAGAUCAAAUAUCUACAUAGAGACCUGUGGCUGCAGUUUCUUUGGCAUCAUUUUUGGAGGGCUUGUAUCACUCUACUAUGUAAAUGUUUUAAAAAAUUAUACAAAGGAAUAGCCUGGACCCCUUCCUACAAGGAUCAUAAGCCAGUCACUUCUGAUGCAUAUUAACGCUCUCAAGAGCUUUAGCACAACGACUCCGGCUUGAUGACCGCGGAGGCUGUGCUCAGCCCCGCCCUGAAGGAAUCAGAGCCUCGAGAAGGGCUAGGCUGACCCAGAACACACGGCUUGUCCACUUGUCUCGGAGCAGGAAACUGGAAUAUCACUUUUCAUAGUCAGUUUUUAAAAAUAUUCUUUAACUUGUCCCAUACUGUACACAUUGUUGUUCAUAUGAGCUUGGUUUUUGCAAAAAUUAUUAAAUCAGAUGUUUCUACAUACAAUAUGGUUUAUUUGUGUGGUAGCAGCGUGAUCUAUACAUAAACAUUGCUCUGAUUUUAAAAUUAACACCACGUGUUCACUUUCCCGGUGGGCUUCUGAAAGUUGCCGUCUUCCCUACACGGAGCUCCAUCUGCUUGUGUGAUUGCAGAGCAUGCAGUCAAAUGAAAUAACAGAGAGAGAAUCCCACUGUGCCCCCCCCCACAUGGAUGAAUGCAGCUGUGCACACACGUGCACACAGAUACACACGUAUGGAGAUACACACACACAUGUGGUGUGAGCGAGACAAAGGGCGAGAGAUAUAAACACAUCUUCCAAAAACAGAAAUCAUCCCCAUUCUUCAAAAACUGAUUUUCACAUGGGAACAUGUGAGCUGUUUGAUGCAGAGCUGGCUGGAAAAUGCCCUUUUUCAUGUUCGUGUAUGCAUAGAAUUCUAAACAGUUGCACGCUUCCAAACUUUCUGCAUCAGAACUGUCACUCAGGUCCUCUGACUGAAUUUGGAGACUGAAUUACAAGGGUCGAGGAAGCCUCAUUUAAGACUGCUGUUUCAAUAACAGGAUUUUAAGAGAGUGCCUGAAUCCUGCUUCUUGACGUAGAAAGCAGUCAUGGGAGGGAGACUGUGCAUUUGAAGGUUGCUGUUCUGACACGAUGAUUAGAGGAAAGGCUCUUAUUUUGAGGUGGCCGGGGUGAAACUAUGUGACCUGUACUUUGAGCGGCAGUUUCCCAAAGAAACGUGUUUGGAUUGAUUGGGUGGUUGAUUUCUCUUGAAAUAGUGUCAUAAUAGGAGCCACGUUUGAACAAAGAAUUAUUUCCUAAGGUAAACUGUUAACACUGCUUUUACCACGUGUAAGAUUUCCUUAGGAAUCAGAUUUACCUAAAACCAAAGGGCCCAGGAUGCAGUGAUAUUUCCUUAGCAAUCUCUUUUGAAAAACACACAGUUAGGAGUAUUUUGUGUCUCGGCAGAUUUACUUGGCAGACGUGCCUUUGAGUUCUGUUUCGUCUUUUCCCCAGAUCUUUUUUUUUUUAAAAGGGCAGGUGGUUUUUAUUGCCAGGAGUUUUGAGGAGUUUUUCAUUAAAGUGGGAUUUUAUAUUGGGCCAGAGUUUCCCUGUUCAGUAUGAAUUUGGUAACCAACUCUGAGUGUAUGUGGAAUGUUUGAUUCGCAGAAUUUUUUUUACUGGUUGUGCUGAUUUAUAAUAGAUACAGUUUCACCAUCAGAUGCAAUUAUUCCAUUAUUGUUCCAAAGAUAGUGAAUCUAUUUUUUUAACUAGAAAUUUUCUUGGAAAUGCGUGCUAACAACAUCAUGAAAUAUUGAACUUGGACAGUGAAAUAAAACCCUAAACAUGCAAGCAAGCGUCUGAUUAAGUAAUAGUUAACUGUGAAUUAAGUCAGUAGGAAAUCUUGAACACAUGCAAUGACUGUGGAAAGCAAUUCUCUCAAGUGGCCCUUCUUCUGGGGCAGGAAUCGGGAUCCGUUUCCCAGCUUUGGUUGUUUCUGAGAUGCACAUGAGAAACCAAUCCUGGAAGAGAGACCAGGUCUGAAUUAUUCAGACACAGCAGAGUCUGCCUUCCUGACGCUUCCCUCCGUGGAAAAACGUCUGUGCCAACUGGUUACAAUGCUGCUCGGAGGGACUUGUCCUUCCGGCAACAAAAACAGAACUCAUUCGGAACUAGAUCUGUUCAGUGUAGGUUUCCUCUUUUUAGCAUGCUUUUCAGAGGUUUUGUUUCCUUUAUUUUAUGCCGUCAACCCCAGCGAGUCUUGAUUGGUUGGUAGUCACUCGCUGUGGGUGUGUCUGCACGUGAUACCACGGACACGUAAAUCCUUAGCUUCCUGGCUUCUUUAAUAGGUUUAGUUUUGAGUAUUAUGUUUCUGGUCGUUUAACUCAAAAGUUUGGUUUGAGUUCCAAUAGGACUAACGUAUUCACCAAGCCUUGGUCUGUGCCUUUAUUUUAAAAGCUGUCAUUUUGCUUCUUCAUUCCUAAAGUCAUCGCGUUGCGUUCUUAACCCUAGUGAAAAACCCUUAAAGGGACACACCCCUGGUCCAUCUUACCGAGUUGGAUGAAUUAGGAUCGUUCGUUCCUUAGCACCUUUCUGUCCUUUAUUUUAUUUCAUUCACAUGCACCCUGCUGACCAUAACCAGUGCACUGUUCAGAUCCGGUCUUCUGCAAGAACUUCCAAGAACUGUGACACCAUGAUGUGAUUUUGUUGGCAUUUUCAGGUACAUAUGCAUGAUUUAGAUUUUGAAAAUCACUUCUGUCUUUCUAUAUUUCAGAUGUAUUUGCUUUCUACACUUGGCUGAUUUUAUCCAGGGUUUAAUUCUUUGACGACGUAUUCAUUUAGUCACUUUGCCCCUUCUCUCAGGAGUAUGAAUCUGAUUUUAAAAUCACUGUAAAAAGUAAACUCGCUGAGGACGCAUCAGUGAUUAUUCGCUCCUGCUUGUCUGUGGCGCAUGGCUGGUGCCGUUUUACCUUUUGCAUCAGUAUUUAUCCUGCGACAGGUUUUGCCAGUUUCUUUAAACACUUCAGUUUAAGUUAGUGAUACUCAGUGCAGUACUUACGCUUUUUGUUUUUGUCUUUAUAUAUAUAUAUAUAUAUAUAUACUGGAUAUUUUGGUUGUCUGAAGCAUUAGAUGCAUUUAUGUGAUGAUAAAACUAGCGGAAAAGGAAAAGUUUCAGUGUUGUUCCGGUUCUAAAUGUAGAAGAUGGGACAAAGUGAAAGACAUUAGUGUUUCCCAAGAAACACGUCUGGAACCCAAGGAAGCAGGAAUUUCUGCCUUCACCCGAAUUCUAAGCGUUUCCCUUCUCCGACCAACCGCGAAAGGCCGAGCUGUUCACACCCUGAGUGCCACCCACUCGGCUGGGCCCAGGUUCGCGUCCCUCGGGGACCCAGGCAGAAACCAUCGCGAACCAAGCUUGCCAAGUGGAGAAGUCGGUUUACACACGUCGUUUCAGCUGAUGUUUCUGAGGAACUGUGCAUGUGCUGAAGCGGACAGGUUUUAUUCCUACGGCAAGUUACAUUUCCAGAGUGUUUUCUCUAAAAUAUCACCAUGUCGUGGGCAUUGCAGCUUCCCUUCUUUUUCUUUAGUUCCCAGCCCUGUGCUGUUUCUCAUAUAACCCUACGUAAAUGACAUAUGGGAAUAUGCUUUUCCAUGUGCUCUGUGGUAUGAUGUAUAUUCUAUGUCUUCAUUUUCUGUGCCCACUGAAGGUGUAAUGGAUUUAAUGGUAGAAGGUGUUUCCAUGCGAUGCCCCCACCUGUUCACCAGACCCCACCCCGUGACCCAUCUGCAAAAAUGUGUGUGCCCCAAACACUGUGAAACAGCUACCAAAAUUUGUAGGAAUGCAGCAUCUUGAACCUUUCUGGAAAGAAAAGGUAACCUUUUUUUUUUUUUUUUUUAACAAGUCCUUAGGAACAAAAGACCUCCUCUACCCUCGCCUCCCUCGCCUCGAAAGGCAUCUAAGAGUUCGCUGGUGAUGACCCCCUUGCUGACCAGCAGUCCCUGGGGUGACAUUCGGGUGACGAACUAUCAAAAUAAACAAUAGGCUAAUUUGUAGGGUCCACGGAUCUGUAUCCAAAGUUUGAAUGGGCUCGCUUUUGGAAGGAGAAAGAAUUUCAAGUUAACAGUAUCCACCGUCAUUACAGCUAAUGAGUUAUAAAUUUAAAAAUACUUUAUAUGUAUGACAUAUAAAAACUUUGUAAAAUGCACAAGUGCAAUAAUUUAAAGAGGUCUUAACUUUGCAUUUAUAACUUAUAAAUAUUGUACAUGUGUGUAAUUUUUUCACGUAUUCAUUUGCAGUCUUUGUAUUUAAAAGAAAUCUUUACUGUUAUGACUGUAUAAUACCACAAAUCAUUUACUCUAACCUAGGCAAGUUGUAAAUAAAUUCAUAAUUCAAACAGCCAGUAUAUAUGCAUAUAUGGGUGUUACACAUUGCAGAAUCUCUGUUUUACUUACAUGCUUAGAGCCGCAAGAAACCUUUGUUGAUAUGUAAUUAUACAUUUACAGCAUAUAUAUAUAUUGUAUGAUACAUGAAAUCUAUUUAGAGAUGUUCAUAAUUUUAAUGGCUAUCCUUUGGUGUGAAUAAUUGAAUACAGAGUUUUUAAAAGA